GGGUUACCAGUCACACACAUCCGGCAAAAAACACACAGACAACAAAAUUGUUUAUAGUAAACAGUGAUCAUUGGAUCAUCGAUUUGGCUUUAGAAGAUGUCCACCAAGAAGACCCCAAAGACGCCCGCCGAGGUGCUCAAGUCGCUGGAGCUGUCCGGCCAGGAGGAUCUCGAUAAGCAGAUCAAGAACUGGGUCUUGUGGGACCGCAACGAGGCCACUCUGGACCAGGUGAUCGAGGCGGUGCACGACCAGGACUGGCAGGCUCUGCGCGUUCGCCUCUGCAAUCGCAUACCCUUCGGCACGGCGGGAUUGAGGGGCGGGAUGCGAGCCGGAUUCGAUUCCAUCAACGAUCUGGUGAUCAUCCAGACCGCCCAGGGACUGGCCGCAUACCUCACCGACAGCUAUCCGAGCAUCCAGAAGCGGGAAACGCAGGGCGUGGUCAUCGGCUACGAUGGGCGGUACAACAGCAAGCGUUUCGCCCAGCUGACGUCGGCGGUGUUCCUCAACAGCGGCUACAAGGUGUAUCUGUUCAAUCGCAUGACACCGACCCCCUUCAUACCCUUCACCGUUUCGGCGCUCAAGUGCCUGGCGGGCGUUGUGGUGACGGCUUCGCACAACCCCAAGGAGGACAAUGGAUUCAAGGUGUACGCCGCCAAUGGGGCCCAGAUACUGCCGCCCCACGACAAGAAGAUCUACGAUGCCAUUAUGGCCAACCUGGAGCCGAAGCCCUCCUCGUGGGAUCUCUGCAUUCUGACGGAGAGCCUGCUGGUCGAGGACCCCUACCGCCAGAUCUACCCGAUGUACUAUGAGAUGCUGAAGAAGCUCCUGCCGCCCGCCCACCUGGAGACGAACGAGUGCAGCCAACUGCGGUUCAUCUACACGCCGAUGCACGGCGUGGGCUACUCCUUCAUGCGGGAGGCCUUCUACCAGGCCCGCCUCAAGCCGCUCAUCCCCGUGCCGGAGCAAAAGGAUCCGGAUCCGGAGUUCCACACCCUCGUUUAUCCCAAUCCGGAAGAGGGUAGGGAGGCCCUGCUGAUGGCCAUCAAGAAGGCCGAGUCCGAGCACUGCACCGUGAUCCUGGCCAACGAUCCGGACGCCGAUCGCCUGGCCGCUGCCGAGCUGGAUCCCAAGGGUCGCUGGAAGAUUUUCACGGGCAACGAGCUGGGAGCCCUGCUCGCUUGGUGGGCCCUGGAAAACUACCGGGCGCGCACGUCCAAGCCGGACGUGAGCAACUGCAUCAUGCUCUCGAGCAUGGUCAGCUCCAGGAUUGUGGGGGCCAUUGCCCGAGCGGAGGGAUUCACGCACGUGGAGACGCUGACGGGCUUCAAGUGGAUGGGGAACAAGGCGCUGGAGCUGCAGGCCGCUGGCCGGACGGUGCUCUUCGCCUUCGAGGAGCCUCUGGGCUUCAUGUUUGGCAUGAAUGUGGCGGACAAGGACGGAAUCACGGCGGCCACGCACCUGGCCACGAUGGCCUGCCACCUGCGGACCACCCGCAGCCUGACGCUCAUCGAGAAGCUGCGCGAGAUCUACGACACGUACGGCUACCAUGCGACGCUCUCCUCGUACUACACCUGCGAGGAUCCGGAGCUGAUUGAGCAGAUCUUCGAGCGGCUGCGCAACUUUGACGAGGACCUGCCGGGCACCUAUCCCAAGUGCAUCCUCGACGGCGAAUUCGAGGUGGUGUACGUCCGGGAUCUGACCAAGGGCCUGGACACCGCCUAUGCGGACCGCAAGGCGCGACUGCCGAUGGUUCCCAGCGAGCAGAUGAUCACGUUCACCUUCACCAACGGCUUCGUGGUCAGUCUGCGCAGCACCAGUCGCGACCACAAGCUGCGCUACUACACCGAGAUCUGCGCCCUGCCCGAGGAGAAGGAGUGGCUGGAGCUGGACGACCGGCUGCAUCACAUGACCGAUGCUGUCGUCGAGGAGUUCUACCAGCCGAAUGUUCAUGGCCUGAUUCGCGCCUCCCAGUUCGAUAUGCAGUAAAGACUAGACUAGAAAAUAUA